UUCGGAGUAUGGCCACGAUAGUUGACAACGGAAUAUUUUAGUGUAAUUUUUCGUUUUUCUCUUGCAAAAAAAAGAAAUUAAUCGGAAUUCUUUUUUUCCUUUGGACCCACGCUCUUCCCUUGAUAAAAAAAUAUUGUGUGUUUGUUUUUCUCUUGAUACUGAUACAGGGAGAGGUGGCAAAUUAUAAGAACGGUACAUUAAUUCCAUUUGAGUGACGAUACCGCAAUAUCAUUUGUUGGGUGCACGCUGGAUCGUUUGUUUCGUUGUCAUAUUAAAAUUAGGUGAUUUAUUUUUCUUUAUUUAAUUGGGUGUUUUCAUCGUGAUAACUAUUCUUUGGAAAAAAAAUAAUAUUGACAUCUCUUUGCUCUCGAUGUUUCCCCAAAUCACAUCACACUCGUGGAUUAGCAGUUGGAGCGCAAGAAGAGAGUCUCUCUUUUAGUUCAUAACCCCAUCUGUCAAUAACUUGUCAUUUAUUACAAUUUUUGAUUGAAUUUGAUUUAUCUUGUGGAACCUAUUUGUUCUAUACAACCCCCCUUCUAACACAGUGAAGUGUUUGUUUUGUAUAUAAAACAUAAUCCUCUCUAUAAUCCUUAAGAUAAAAAGUUAAACAAAAAACUGCAUCGAAAAAGCAGUGCCAAAAACUCAUAAUAUAACGGAAUAAACAACUUUCUUAACAUAACAACCGUUGGUUGAUUCACACACUCGCUCCGAAUAAAGUGCUAGUAAAGUUGUUUUUUAUUUUUUUUUUUUUGUUCAUCUUAAUAAUUGUGCAUUUGUAUAGGUACUAAAAGGUGUGUGUGUUCGGUGUUGACAUUUCAUCGGAAAGACGAAUGAAAUUAAAUAUGGAUUGUAUUCGAUCAAAUAAUGCGACGGAAAGAGAUUCGGACUUGGGAGAUGACUCACUUGUGUCCAACGACGAACACUCAGAGGACGACAUGAGAGACUGUGAAUCAAUGGAUGACGAAAACACCAGCCGAUUAAACUCCUCAAUGGUCAAUGGAAUGGCCAUGGACUAUGUAGGACUUGGUGGUGGAGGCAGGAGUCCCGAACAACACAAUUCAGAAAUUCCAAUGAGUCAUCAUCAUGGUCAGUUUGGUGCGAAUCAUCCAUUGGGGGCGUUAGGAAACUUUAUGAGCAUGGGUGGUCUGCAUAGCAUACCAAACCUACAGCAACAGCAUAACGAUGUGCUGGAGAAAUUAAAAAUGCAAGUUCGUGAUAUGAAAGUGGGUCUAAUGGAUCAAGAGUACCCACCACAUAGUAAUUUCGGUUCAAAUGUCAUUCCAACACCUAUUAAUACGGCAUUCACAAUCCCGCCAACUUCACACAACACAUUCAAUCACUCCCCGCAGAAUUUAUCGCAGCAUUCGCCGCAGCCACAGCAGCAAAAUCUGCUACCAUCAACGCACCAGCAGCAGCAGCAACAUUCACAACAGUCGCUCUCACAAACUAGUUCCCAAUCGAUGUCAAAUGGUUUCUCUUUUACAUCACCCUCAGCACCAAGCACAAAAGACGUUAAUCCAGCGUCUAACUCAUCAACGUCCAGCGAAACAUCCAACUCCUCACAACAAAACAACGGUUGGAGUUUUGAAGAACAGUACAAACAAGUUCGACAGCUCUAUGAAAUCAAUGAUGACCCGAAACGUAAAGAGUUUCUUGAUGACUUGUUUUCUUUCAUGCAAAAAAGAGGAUCACCUAUCAAUCGUUUACCAAUUAUGGCAAAAUCAGUUCUAGAUCUAUACGAGCUAUAUAACUUGGUCAUUGCCCGGGGUGGUCUCGUCGAUGUCAUCAACAAGAAGCUAUGGCAGGAGAUCAUCAAAGGCCUACAUCUGCCAUCGAGCAUAACGAGUGCAGCGUUUACAUUGCGCACACAUGAGAAUAUUGAAGAAAAAUUUUUGGCUAUCAAGUUGGAAGAAAAUAAAAGAAGAAAUAAGUAUAUGAAGUAUCUCUAUCCGUAUGAAUGUGAAAAGAAAAACUUGAGUUCGCCAUCUGAACUGCAGGCUGCGAUCGAUGGUAAUCGCCGAGAGGGACGUCGUUCCAGCUACGGUCAAUUUGAAGCAAUGCACAACCAGAUGCAAAUGUCUCCAAUGGGAAGAAAUAAUCUCACAGGUGCAAUACAACAAAUGUCUCCACUAGCCCUGGUUACCCAUGGAAAUCCACAAGCAGCAGCAGCAGCAGCCGCCGCACAUCACAGACUGAUGACACCAUCAUUUGGUCAGGUCCCCAAUUUGGUACAACAUGAAAUCGAACAACGAAUGAUGGAAUAUUUAAAAUUAAUUCAACCGAAAAAGGAACAACCUCGUCAAAGAUCUCAGAGUCCAGAAACAACAACCCGCGAUGCUUUAAAUGCACUCGAAAUGUCGCGUGUAGCUUUGUGGUCAAUGUACCACAACAACACCAGUCCACCAGCAUCGGUUAAUACUUCACCACAGGGAAUCGAACCACAACGUUCUCUUCCUAUUUUUAGUGAGGCAUUGAACCUUUCGGACUCUCCACCUAAUAUUGUUAUAAAACGUGAGCGAGAACGUGAACCUUCGGAGUUGGGAGCGAAUUCGGAUAGAGAAGAUUUUAGUCAACCACCACCGGCCAAACGAGGACUUCCAACAAAUAUGUAUAUUCCACCAGUUCGGAGUAGUUUUCACGAGGAGGAACAUGACGGUGAUGAUACUGACCAUCAUACAUCGACUAACAACACAUCUCUUGAGCAUUUGGAGCUCAAUCAGCAUGACAUGACAGCGAAAGGUCACACUGAAUUAAAUAGUCAACUUUCCCCGCCGGUGAUAAAGUCUCCACAGAAGAAUUUAAAUUCAAAUUUAAAUGUUAGCCACGAUAUCGACAGUGUUCAGCCAAGCCGCCUGCAGGUCAAGCCAGAUAAGGAAGUCAGCAAUCAUGUUAUAAGCAAUGCAGAACUGACACUCCUUUCGGGGAUGCAAUUCAAAUUGUCUCGAAAAACUACCGGCGCUAAUGGAGAACAACAACUUGUGGUGAAUCUCGAAUUAAAUGGAAUGAACUAUGAAGGCGUGCUCAUUGCCAAUCCUACAAUGUCUCAAAAUACAGUCUCUACAACAAACGCAUCAACACCAACCCUCCCACUUCCAGCCAGCAUAGUUUCCAAUGGGCCAAGUGAUGUCCAGAAGAAAAAUCGCAUAGAUGAAAGGCCUUUACCUCUCAUACAACCAUAAACAGGUGUAAAGGAGGAUUCGAAAAUGAAAACAAAAAAUCUUCAGUGGUUAAAACUAGUUGCCAAUAUGACAAUUUAAUUGAAAUACACCAAAAUACCAAAGGAUCCGACGGUUAUUUUUCUUUCCAGCUGUAAAUAUAGAUCAACAAGAAUUUAUUUUAUAAGUCACUUAAGUUAAGCCAUCAAAUUGCUUAAUUCAAAUACACAAAAGUCCACUCACGUUAUACUAUUUCAUGUCAAAAUAGCGCUUCCUGUGGAGUGAUAAUUUUGAAAUUUUGUCCAU